AUGGCAGCAGUACCCACUAUCGACCUUACGCUAGCCGACUCAGAUAAUGAAGACGUAUUCCAUUCCUUUUCAUCUUCAACGAGCAUGGAUAAGGUAGAUAUUGGAAAAGAAAAUGGAAAGGUAAGGAUGGUGGGCUUAGAACUUGCCCGAUCUAAUGAAGAUACAGAGCAGCCUCCCUCACACGCUUUCAAGACAGACGUGUCAAAAAAUGAAAGCUCCAAUACUAUUCUUUUGAAGAACAAGGUAAUCACGGACAACGCCUUCAACAAUGCAAAAUAUUCCGACGAAAUACAUCGGCAGCAUGAUUUGAAGGAGGAAAUGAUGGGAUCUUACAAUGAUGAGAAAGAAACACGAGAGAGUAGUUCAUGUGCGGAGAUGACAAAGCCUUUUUAUGAGAAUGGUCACGCACCCUUAUCAAAUAAUUAUAAGCCAAAAGACGAUGAGAAAGGAAUGGUUCAAAAUGAAGUUGGGAAAGACAACGCCGGUGACAUUUUUUCCUCAUACUUUCCCAAAGACUAUGACGGCAGUGAAGAUGAUUUCGAACCCAAUACUUGUCAGGACAGCAGUUUGGACUUUCAAGAACUGAAAUUAAAAUUGAAUAACAAGCCUUUAGAGGAGCGGUAUGGCAACCCUGAAACAGGGGACAGCCAUUUGAAAAGUGAAGAAAAUGAUCGAACAAAAAGAGUCACUACCAUAAGCCAUCAUGAUUUACCUCUAGAAUUUACCGCUUAUCAGGAAUCCAAGACCCAUAGCAACUCCAAAGGUACUAUAUCUAAAAUCCUAAAUGUACAGCAAACGCCAGAAUUAGCAUCCAAUCUAAGCCCUGUGGAGAGCGCCCUUAAAAACGAGGCGAGCAAGGUAGAGGGGAAGAUGACCGUUCGUCUUCCAGGGCUUCAAAGCAAUUUUGCCGCACUUGAGCAAGAACAAAGUGAACUAUUCAGACACUUCGGUGAACAACCUGUUUAUAUUGGCGAUUUUGAUGGUAAGAUUAAACGGAAGCAUAGCGGGGACUUGGAAGAUAGCAAAAUACUUAAGAGGCCGGUAUUGCCCUUAAAAUGCUUAGAUCACAAGUCUCAUGAUUUACGUGCUUCCGAACAGAGAAAUUCGAUUAUUAUUCUUUCAGAUGAGGACGAACCUGAUGCCGGCAUGAACGAAACAGAAAGUCUUUUGAAAGUUUCUGAACAAAAUACGGCUGAUGAGCUUAGGUACAGUGUACCAGAAGUUAUCUCUUUACUUGAUCUACCAAAUAUUGACUUGAACAGCUCGGUAAUAAAAGAAGCUAGCACCAACAAUUCAAUUACUAUAUCAGGAAUUGGCGCAGAGUCCUCGGGUACGUCAGCUCUUCAAGAAACUGCCAUGAUAGAGCAGGCUGCUAAAUCCUCUUACCAACAAAAUAUUAGUUCACUUGAUACCCUCAAAAAAAAUCAUCAAAAAUUACUGAAGGAAUUAAACUCUAAAGAGUCUGAACUACGUAACGCUCUCAAUUGCUCCAAGACAAACUCAGAAAUUUUAAGAAGGAAACUGACUAGAAGAGAAAAGGAGGUCUCUGAUGCCGAAAAACAUUGGCAGUUAUUAUCGACCUCGAUGGCUAGAGGCGGUAGAACUAUUAGCUCAACCCAGCAGAUUUUAAUUGAUGAAGCUGAAAACCAAUUAAACAGACUGAAGGAAAAAAGACAGUUAACAAAAACAAAACUAGAUUCAAUCAAUAUGAAAAUGUAUAAUUAUAACGAACAGUGGAAGUCCUUUGUGCAUUUGAAAAAUAUAAAACUGCAGAAAUCCUUGGCUGCACUUGGGCGGUCAGGUAGGGACAGCGAAGUUUCUGCGACCGUAAACAAAAGAAAGGAAUGCCUAGCUGAGAAAGAAAAACUAGACCAGAUGUUGAAAGAAGGAACGCUGAGCUUUAGUACCUACAAACAAUUAACAGGUGAGAUCCAGCAGAGACUAAAUAAUUUGAAAUUUGAUGACCGACAUAUAAAUGACGCCAACCGUGUUUCGCCGAUAAUACGACAGCCUCUGGCCAAAAGAGAUUUAUUUGUUAAGUCUAUUGAUACUGCAAAAAAUCUACUAGCAAAAAACACCUCCAGGACAGAAAUGACGAAAAAAAUUCUUUAUAGACACUUAGACAAUUUGGUUUCUUAUAAAAACAUUUUUGAGGACGGUAAAUCCUUAAUAGAUGUAAAUAAAAGACACAUUGCGCAUGAAUCGGCCCAAAUAUUAUUUAUCAACGGUGUAAAAAUGCCCAUUGUUUUUGAAACACUACAAGAUUACGGCAUUAAAUUUUCUAAUCCGGCCAUUGUCAAUCCUGACAGAAGAGCUCAAUAUUUUAAAAGCAUUGAAGUUGCACGCGAUCUCAUAUCGAAAUCCAAUAGAUCAGAGGAUGCUAAACGGAAGAUUACUCGAUUUUUAAAUAUUAUUGAAGAAUUUCGGAAGGAUAUUGACACUGGAUUUCCACCAACUCCCUUAAAGAGAGAAGGCGUCGGAAAGGCUGUUGUUGGGCUAAGACAACAAGGGCUUAAGAUGGAAAGACUGUAUGAAAAUUUGAGGAGAUAUAAGAUUCCAAUAACAAGUGAAGAAUUACUACAACAAAGCUACUUGUUUCCGGUAAACGCGGAUCAACAACCUCCCUCAAACUGGAACAUUGUGGAAAACGCAGAAAACAGUAUCUCUGCAAGUAAUGAUUUGUCGAUGCAAGAUGAAUUUCACAUUUCUAAUAUGCAUGCGGCAGAAGAUCAAGAACAGAUUAGAGCUCUUUUGGAAAAUGUCAAACAAUCAGAAUCUAUUAUUGACGGCGAAGCACUUACCCCAGAGGAUAUGACCGUAAACUUAUUAAAACAUCAGAGACUAGGUCUACAUUGGUUGUUACAAGUUGAAAGCUCCCCAAAAAAGGGUGGUCUACUUGCUGAUGAUAUGGGUCUGGGUAAAACUAUUCAAGCUAUUGCAUUAAUGUUGGCAAAUCGAUCAGAGGAACCCAAAUGUAAAACAAACUUGAUUGUCGCACCGGUCUCGGUCUUAAGAGUUUGGAAAGGUGAAUUAGAAACGAAAGUAAAAAAGCAGGCGAGGUUUAAUACAUAUAUUUUCGGAGGAUCCGGUAACGGAAAAGUAAAACACUGGAGGGAUUUGGCAAGGUAUGAUGCUGUUUUGGUAUCUUAUCAGACUCUAGCAAACGAAUUCAAGAAGCACUGGCCAAAAAAACUGGAUGGUGAACAAAAUCAGCUACCCGCUGUGCCUCACAUCCAAGCUCUUAAUAAGUUGAAAACUUCAAACGAAUACUACUCUCCAUUUUACUGUAAUGAUUCAACGUUCUACCGAAUUUUAUUGGACGAAGGUCAAAAUAUCAAGAACAAAAAUACAAGGGCUUCCAAGGCGUGUUGCACUAUAAACGGUAUAUAUAGGUGGAUCCUAUCUGGUACACCGAUUCAAAAUAGUAUGGAUGAGCUUUAUUCCUUGAUAAGAUUUUUAAGAAUUCCACCUUACCACAAGGAGCAACGGUUUAAAUUAGAUAUUGGAAGGUUUUUUCAGAGAAACAAGCAAUAUCAAUAUGACAAUGAGGAUAGGAAAAAUGCAUUAAGAAAGGUUAGAGUUCUUUUAAACGCGAUUAUGCUUCGUAGGUCUAAAAGUGAUAAAAUUGACGGCAAACCUUUACUGGAGCUGCCACCUAAAAUUGUGGAGGUAGACGAAUCACGUCUAAAGGGAGAGGAAUUGGAAUUUUACACAGCUUUGGAAUCUAAAAAUCAAGCGCUAGCUAAGAAAUUGUUGAACAAUUCUACGAGGGGUAGUUACUCAAGCGUCCUCACAUUACUACUACGCCUAAGGCAGGCUUGUUGUCAUUCAGAAUUGGUUGUCAUGGGUGAAAAGAAGGCAGAGGGUACAAAGGUAGCCAACGGGAAAAGCUUUGAAGACGACUGGCUCAGGCUUUAUUUCAAAAUUACUCACAUGAAUGAAGAAGCGCAGGCUCAAGUAAUCACUUCAAUGGAUUCUAUGACUUGUUUCUGGUGUAUGGAACAAUUAGAACCAGAAGCGAUGUCCGUUUUGACGGGCUGUGGACAUUUGAUUUGCGAUACUUGCAUCGAUCCCUUCAUCGAAGAGUCUUCUAUGCUACCUCAGGCCAAGAAAACCAAGGGGGGAGCAUUGGCUGUUCCAUGCAAAGAUUGCCAUCGCUUGACAAACGAAAAAGACAUUGUUUCGCACAAAUUAUAUGAUCAGGUAAUAAACCAGGGAUUCACUGAGAACGAUUUACAUGCUGAAUAUUUAAGCGAAAUGGAAAAACAGAAAAUGCAGAAAAAGAAUGUUUAUAUACCAAAUUUUGAGAGUUUAGAACCGUCCACGAAAAUAGAACAAUGUAUACAGGUUAUUCAAAGGGUUUUUGAUGAAUCAGCAACCGAAAAAAUCAUUAUUUUCUCUCAGUUUACAACAUUUUUUGAGAUUCUUGAGCAUUUCCUUAAAAGUAAGCUGGAAAUUCCUUACUUGAAGUAUAUUGGAUCUAUGAAUGCCCAGAGGAGAUCAGAUGUUAUCAACGAAUUUUAUCGUGACCCUGAGAAGAGGGUACUUUUAAUUUCUAUGAAAGCUGGUAACUCAGGACUAACAUUGACAUGUGCAAACCAUGUCGUUAUAGUUGAUCCAUUUUGGAAUCCUUAUGUUGAAGAGCAAGCUCAAGACCGUUGUUAUAGAAUUAGUCAGACAAAAAAAGUCCAGGUGCAUAAGUUAUUUAUAAAGAAUUCUGUCGAGGAUCGUAUUUCCGAAUUACAGAAGAGAAAAAAGGAGAUGGUCGAUUCAGCCAUGGAUCCAGGCAAGAUUAAGGAAGUAAACAGUUUGGGGCGUCGGGAGUUAGGUUUUUUAUUUGGUUUAAACGCUCUUUAA